CCCGCUCUCUCCACCCCCAUAAUACCCUAGUGGUUGGCUAUAUAUCCAGUAGUACAGACCUCAGCUUCCAAUUGCUCUUUCGAAGCCCCUCCCGUAGAUCGCAUUGCUCUUCCUCUCUCUCUCUCCCCCUCCCUCCAUCUCUCUCCCUCCAUCUCCGUCCCACUCUCACCCGCAGCGCAAGGCAAAAGCGCGCUCUUCACCGACGAAAGCCUGACCUGCAGGGACUGCCGUAAAGUCGGGGGCGAUAGUACCGACCGCGACCAUUUUCGCAACUACUACAUCCCCACCAGACUCGUGGGCUCGUAUGGAAGUAAAGCAGGAAUACUCCAAGAGACCUCGUCUUGAUUCGUGGUCUUCUUCGCAGCAGAUCAUAGACCAAGCGACCUUCCAGUUCCACCAGCAGGCGGCGUAUUCCCCCCAGUCACAGUACUCAAACAGCUCCACGAUGGCAGGAUGGGGAGAAAGCAAACCCCGGUCGCAGAGCAUGAGUGGUGGCGGCGGAGGCGGCGGCGGCGGCGGCGGCGCAAGCGGCAGUGGGGGGGUGGGGGCGGGAGGAUCAUCAAUCGUCGGCCACACCCCACUGUCAGUAGAUUCGCACGGCAUAUCCACCCCUGUGUCCACUGAUGCGCAGGGCUUCAACGGAUACCAGUCGCAACCCUCUGAUAUUGACACCGGCACCGCAAACUCAUCGCCCCCUUCCCAGGGCAUGGUCAGACAGCAACUGAAACCGCUCCAGACCACGCAACAGCAGCAGCAGCAACAGCAGCAGCAGCAACAGCCAGGUGUCUUCGAUUCGUCCGCUUUCUUCCAUCAUAUAUCCCAGGGCGCGCCGACGGAGCAUCGAGGUUCGAUGAGUUCAGGUGCGGAGAUGGCUUCGCCUGCAAGUUCGAACGCGGUUGGUCCGGGAGUAACGGGUGGUUAUCAUGGCGUACAGGGCCACCAGCUUAUCGGUGCGAAUCCCAUCGUGCCCUCGCCUGUCAAUGCGCAGGGUGGCAUAAUUCUGGGCGGAGGUCAGGGGGUGAACGUCGUGACGACCUAUCCGCCACGAAGAAAAGCAAUACGAGCAGCGCAGGUACGUACUCUUCCUCUUCAUCCUCCUCCUCACGACCCUCCCCGCAUCUCUCUCCGAGUGGAUCUUGGUCUCUGUGAAUUUUAGCUGAUUCGCGAUCGAAUAAAAUAGGCAUGCGAUGCGUGUCGGGCGCGCAAGGCGAAAUGCGACGAAGGAAGGCCCAGCUGCGGCUUCUGCAAGGAAUCACAAGUAGCUUGUGUCUAUCGCGAAGUUCCACCUCCAAAACAAGAUCGCACAUUACUGCAAAUACUCGAU